AUGGAGCUCGUUCCAAACUCCCAUGUUAUGGGCCAGCAAGGGCUGGACCCUGCGAAUCCUCUGACUGAGAAGCAGCAGGUCGUACAGAUGCGAGAUAAUGAUCUCAUUGACCUCACUAUCAAUACUCAGCCGCUUGAGGUGUACAUGUACUACGCAGCUAUCGAACGAGAGCGAGAAGACAACGAUACUCGUCCGGUUCCAGAUGGUCCAUGGGGCGUGCUUAUCAAGACAUUGACCGGGAGGAAGGACAAGAUCUGCUCGGUCGAUACCCCAAAUUAUGAUGCGCCGAUGCCUAGUCAUAUCGACGCGGAGAGGGAGGCCUCGCCCUCUCGGACUGGAAACGAGAAGAAACGCAAGGCAUCGGAUGGCGCGACACUGGUCGGUACGGGCCCGGUCGAUGCUGCUUCCCAGUCAGAACGGCGGUUGGCGUAUCGCGCAUUGCGGACUGCGAGUUGGCAGGCUGUUUUCUACCUCAUCACUACCGAUGUCCUUGGCUUCUCCUCCGCUCCUCAAGCUUUUUCUCAGCUCGGCUACGGUCCGGGCGUCCUCGUAUACACAUUCUUCUACCUACUCGCCUUCUUCGCUGGCCAGGUUAUCUGGAGACUGUACAUGUCGAUGGACUCGGAACGCUUCCCUGUCAAGUGCUAUGGUGACCUAGGAGAAAGGACAUUUGGGCGUCCAGUGCGACACCUGUUCAACAUCCUGCAGAGUCUACAAAUCAUCUUCAACGUGGCGAUAUUGCUCAUCGGAGAGGGGAGGAAGCUGGCCUCGAUCAUCAACUAUCAGCUGUGCUACAUAGUCCUUACCAUCCUCUUCAUGUUGGUUGGCCUGGUUGCCGGUCAGAUCCGUUCCCUCCGAGGGUUCUCCUGGUUCACCAACGUGAAUGUAUGGCUCAGCAUAAUCGUCAUGAUCCUCACGAUGGUCGGCACUGGGCUCUUCGAUCCCGUCCCCAGCCAGUCCGGCCACGUCGACCUGUCGGAGCCGAUCAUGCGCGCGGGAUGGGUGCCAACAUACACCGUCGGCUGGUAUCAACAGGUCUCGGGAGUGCAAUUGGCGGUAUUCUCAUACGGUGGAGCAAUGAUCUUCACAGAGUUCAUGGCUGAGAUGCGACGACCGAGGGAUUUCUGGAAGGCUGCGUUUGGAGCUCAAUUCUUCAUCUACAUUAUCUACAUGUUCUUUGGGCUCUUCGUCUAUUCAUACCAAGGACAAUACACCGGGAUCAUUCCUGCGCUCAACUUUGCCAAUCGCGCUCUGUCGCUUGUUACCAACAUCAUCAGCCUCGUCACUACGGUCAUCGCGUCGGUACUGUACGGCAAUAUUGGCGUCAAGGUGCUUUAUGAGAACGUUCUCAAGCCUUACUGCCGGGCGCCGGAGAUGAUGACGCCUAGGGGAAGAUGGGCGUGGGCAUUGGCGGUAUGCGGGUACUGGAUCAUCGCUUGGGUUCUUGGUUCGGCUAUCCCCAAUGUAACUGCUCUAGCUACCCUCAUUGGUGCUGCCUUCAUCCUUCAAUUCAGUUUCACUUUCCCGCCAUUAUUGCUGGUUGGACACUGGAUGCAGAAGGACGCGAUCGCGGGCGACCGGCCAUGGGAGCCAGGAAUGGUUCCCGGGUCCAACAGAGUCGAUACGUGGAAACAGGCGUCAAGAUGGAGGAGGGGCUUCAAGCCUUAUUGGUACAUCAAGACGUUCCUCAUACUUUUGGUACUGGCAGCGAUAGCUUUGGCCGGUCUUGGAAUAUACUCGGGAGUGGAGGAGGCUAUUGCUGCGUAUCAAGCCAAAACCGCCACGGCAUUCUCGUGUAGAGCUCCUAACCAGCCGUAG